AUGAUAGACAAGAAGCUUCUCUAUGGCCCUCUCUAUGGUCUUCCCGACCCUGGUGUCACUAGCUCGUUGGAUCAAGACAUCCUCGUCACGAGUCGUGGGGACAUCGCUACUCGUAUUCUAUCGAUGCGUCCCAGAUACUUCGCGCUCCAGGCUCUCUGGAAUGCGACUGCGCCCAUCAACAAGCUGCCUAACGAGAUUCUCCUUGAGAUCAUAUCGCUCGCAAACCCGAGACGGCAGCCUGCCUCUGAGCCUGGCCUUCCCCCUGUCCAGACACCGAAUCCAUAUCCCAUUGGCGCUCCAUGUUGGCUUCCGCUUAUGCUUGUUUGUCGCCACUGGUACGCGAUCAUCCUGUCCAACGCACGUCUCUGGCGCGCGAUCGACAUCUACCGCAACCCGAACCACUUCAUUUUCGCUCUCAAGCACUCGGGAAAAACGACAUUUGAUCUCGCUAUCCACUAUCCGAGAGCUACCCGCUUCAUAGUCCCUGCGCUCGCGCCAAUAGCGAGCCGUCUCAGCAAACUUCUUCUACCGCGCCUUUGUUGUGGACUCCUUCGCCCUGUCUUCCUUCUACUGCUUGAAUCUUGGCCGAGGCUCGAGGGGCUUACUGUACUUCGUGAACCUUGCAACCCUCAGACGUGUUCUUCCAUCCCGCCGAUGUUGGAGUUUCCGCUGGAGCGCUUCCCGAUGCUUUCAACCUUGCGACUGUCUGCGAUGGCUAUCUCUUGGGACGUUGGUCUGGUUUCAAGGAUGCGUCGACUAGAGCUAUCCCAUUGCUCUCACGCAGGUCCUCAGAUCUCCUUCGACGCCUUCCUGGACGUAUGCGAAGCAUGUCCAGAUCUGGAAGAACUGCGCCUGCACAACUUCUUGUCGACCGCCUGCAGUGAUCGUUCUCGGGCGCCUCGACGUACUGUUGCUCUCCCCAAGUUGAAGGACUUCGGCUUCCGCGAUGAACCCUCUCUCGUAUCUCAGCUGCUCAGCGACCUCCAUCUCCCGUACGAUGCUCGUAUCCACAUAGGCUCCGAGCUGGAUAUCCGCGACCAGGACGACCUUGAUCCGGGCGAAGACAGGUCACGAUUCGAUCUAACACGACUGCUACCGAAGGACCGGUCGCGUCUUCCUAUGUCGCGCAUUCUACGACGUGCGAAAGUGGAAGUCGUCGCUGGUCUGAUGCGAAUCGUUGGGAUGGACGAAGAGACGUACUUCGUGCUGGACUUCGACACAGACUUCAAGGACUGGAUGGACUGGCCGAUGCUGCUACCCGAUGCUGUGGAGGGACUCGUCAAGGUCUUCGGAAACUGCGAUAUAGGCGAGCUCGAGAUCGUCGGUGGAACAAGCUACUUCCAGCUUUCGGACCACGUCGACUUCCUGAUGCAGUUCACUAAUCUCGAAGUCCUCCGGAUCGAAGGUACCGAACUUGGCUACUUCGAAGGCGGCCACGAAUUGCGGGAACUCUUCGACGCGCUCGCCGACGUAAUGGUGAUCUCCGAAGGGAAGCUGCUCUGCCCACGGCUCAGGUCGCUCUCCCUCGUCGGGGUGGGAUGGGUCGGAGACUCGCUGGACUCUAUCGGGCGCUCCCUCAAAUUUCGCGCGGAACACGGUUCAGUCCUGGAGGAGCUUCAUCUCGAGCUGAGCUACGAAGGGCUUGGCCUGGAGGACGACUUCGAGACUUUCAAGGCGCCGUUCUAUGCGGAGUUGUGCGCGUUGAUUCCCGGAGCCUGUGUGUUUAUCUACGGCGAUACCUCCGUCAUCAAUCCAAGACUGGUCUGA